GCUCUCUGUAGUGACUCACUAGCGCUGAAGGCAGCAGCAUUAAAAAUGGAGAUCAAAGUAAUUGCGGUUCUGUGUCUUGCUUUCCUUUCUGCUGCCCAGGCAGUCAAAGUGUCCGUGUACUACGAGUCACUCUGCCCUGACAGCAUGCGCUUCUUUUCGAAUCAGUUCCACGCUACCUACCAACUUUUAGGCUCGGAUGCUAUCACCGUCGAUUUCCUUCCCUAUGGAAAAGCCACGCACACUCAAGAUGCAAACGGGCAGUGGAGCUUCCAGUGUCAGCACGGCGCCGAAGAAUGCCGCGGGAAUAAGGUGCAAGCGUGCGGCCUGAAAUACAUCACCUCGCCUGAUCUGCAGGAGGCGUACGCCCAUUGCGUCAUGUCCAACUCCUAUCCUCCCGACGCCGGCCAAGCGUGCGCCACAAGUGUUGGAGGAGUGGCGGACUACUCUGCGAUUUCCAGCUGUAUUGCAAGCGCCGAGGGCGAUGAAGCUUUGGUCGCGUACGGGGAAAGGACCCAUGCCCUCGGCUCCAUCCUCUCCUUUGUGCCGACCAUCAUCUACGACGAUGUAUUUGACCAGGAUGACCAAAAUGAGUCUUUGUACAACUUCCGCGGAGUUGUUUGCCGUCACCUCCCCGACCCCAAACCAGCUGGCUGCGCUUAACUGAUGCGAUAAUUAUUGGUCCAGAUAUGAUUUAAUUGGAUUAAAAUUGAUUUUUCAGAAUAAUAAUUAACCUUGUUUAUGUAAUUAAUUAAUUAAUUAUUUGUCAACAUUGUAUCAUUUUCAAA